ACGAAUGAAGGACUAUCGUUUCAAAGGACGACGCGAAAUUUAUAAGAAAUUUGUGAAUUCUUCUUCGCCGGUCAUGGUUCCUCAGUCCAUCGUUCGCCAGGGUUUUCUUUGGGGCCUCGCAGUUAUAUAUCUCUUCGCCUUUACAUCUCUUUACAUUCAAAUUCCAGGUCUUUAUGGUGAYAAAGGGAUUCUACCUGUCAGCAGCUACCUAAAGGACUUUUCUGCAUGCAGAGAUAAACAUCCCGAGUGUAUACGAUGGGCACUUAAGGGCGAGUGUAACAGAAACACAAGAUGGAUGACAAUAAACUGUAGAAAAUCAUGCCAAAAAUGCCAAGACUAUUCUCUUAUCAGCCUUCUUCGCGCCAAGCCAACGCUACUGUGGUUAACGCCUUGGCUUGGUCUUGAUGCAUCAUCAGGCAUGGAAUUCCUGUGCUUAGUUGGUAUAGUACUAUCUAUGGUGCUUCUAGUAUCACAAAGAUGUCGAGACUGCAUCAACUUCUUCGUGUUAUGGCUGUUGUACUUUUCACUGUAUCAGGCUGGUCAAAUAUUUUUGUAUUACCAGUGGGACGGGCUACUUUUAGAAACAGGAUUCCUGACAAUCUUCAUCGCGCCAUGGAAUAUAAAACUAUCCCCAUGGAAAUGGAAGUUAUUKAAAUGCAAUAGAAUAAGGGAUAUGGUKCGACACCACGACACGGUAUCCCUGUGUUUGAUAAAAUGGCUUUUGUUCCGGCUCAUGUUCGCCUCAGGUGUCGUUAAACUGUCGUACAUGGAUCCAACAUGGUGGAGCCUGACUGCCAUGUACUGGCACUACGAAUCACAGUGCAUCCCAACACCUGUGGCUUGGUACUUCCAGAAACUUCCUAAAUGGUUCCACAGAUUGAGCACAGUAACGACGUAUGUGAUCGAAAUUGGACUUCCUUUUCUGUUCUUURUUCCCGUUCGGUCGUUGAGAAUUUUUGCAUAUUGUGGACAAGUUCUUUUACAGUUGUUGAUUCUGAUAACUGGAAAUUACAACUUUUUCAACCUUCUGACGAUUGUGCUGUGUAUCUCGCUGCUAGACGACAACGCCAUCACAACUAGAUACAGCUGUCAAUCACCGUGCACCAGGUCAUGUGGGACAAAGCAAACAGCGCCCCCAGACAGCAAAGCCGGUAAAACAGACGAAACACCCGGUGAUAUCGCCAUUGAUUGUCCGCCAACCAGUGAUCAGGAGAAUUUCGUUGAAACGAGUCAUCUUCCUGUCGACCAAGAGAAGAAACCGAAAGAAGAGUCAACUCAARUAUCGACAUCACAACAACUMCUCGAGAUCAUCAUUGACCGCUAUAUUCCYAAAUCAAGAAAAUACCGAGAAUUUCUGAACAGCAAAACAGCAAAAAUGCUCCAAUGCUCCUUGAGAGCUGCAACCUUCGUCAGCGUUAUUGGAGCCAUGUUGUAUCUAGUGAAAAAAUGGUUUUAUUUUGAGUUAACAGAUGGCAAACUGAUGAGCUGGAUAGCCUUUUCUCCAAAUGAUUUUACGUCAUUCGUAACCAUGACAACAGUAGCCGGCAUGUGGCUAGGUUUCUUUUCAUUGAUGAUUGAAGUCCUGGAAGCCUUUACACGAAUUUUUCUUCAAUCAAAGUCAAAAAUACAAAGGAAUUCUUCACUGAUACAAUGUACUGCGAUGAGUUUGGUCACCCUGUGGCUUUUUGCCGUUAGUUUGGWYCCUCUUACUGAUGUCAGCCGACAAGCUAAGUCUGGGUUACCUGUGGUAAUUCGUAAGUGGUACCAGGACACUAAAUACCUGGAAAUAGCCCAUCCUUAUGGCUUAUUUAGAAGUAUGACCGGUGUUGGUGGUCGACCAGAGAUCAUCAUAUUAGGAAGCAACGCUACCAAUGGCACGUGGAUGGAAUAUAAUUUUCGUUAUAAACCAGGCAAUCUCUACCAGCCACCACCAUUCACAGCACCUCACCAACCUCGACUUGACUGGCAAAUGUGGUUCGCUGCUCUCGAGUCCUUUGAGUCCAAUCCAUGGUUUCUUCGCUUGCUUUAUAAACUUCUUCAAGGAGAAAAGGACGUACUUCGCUUGAUGGGGGAGAACCCCCAGUUUGCGAAUUCUCCUCCGAAAUACAUCAGGACCCAGUUGUAUCUUUACCAUUUUACACAAAACRCUACUAGCAUUACGGAUUUGGUGUAUAAUUCUCGACCUAGUAACAAAGCCUGGUGGACUCGAGAGUAUCUCCGUGACUACACACCGUUUAUUCUUAGCAACGACUCCACAAGCKUGUUGGAGGGUAUAUUACACCAAGGGAAACUCGAGAUGAAGGAAAAACAGACCCGGWCUAGUGGGUUCAURUAUYYGCUUAUCAUUGCUUGCCGACAUAGUUAUGAAAACACUGCGCCCCAGAAUAUCAUCAAUCUGGUCUUCUUCAUCGUCGUAGUACUGCUGGUUUUAAAAGUUUGGUGGAGGAAAAUGGGCAAGAAAUUCUGGUACGAAUAA